UUCCAAGAACUUGCAGAUUCUACAUCAGAUCUUUCAGACGAGCAUAUUGAUGUUUGUCUUUAUUACCUUCGAAAAAAGUAUUGCUAUCACGGUGCGCAUUUCUCUGAAAAGAUAAAGUGCACGACAACUGAUACGAUCUUCAACGGUACAGUUGAAAUAGUAAAACUAUUUAAGAAGCAUGAUUGGUUCGUGGAGAAUUCUAGUGAGGAACAAAUGACAAACUAUGCUAGAGGCCUUCAGAUUUCUGCUUUGACUUCCUGGUCGUAUGUUGACAAAAUAUUGUUGCCGAUGCGCUUGUCCGCAACCAAGCAAGAAUCAAAAUCAACUCACUGUGUUUUGGGUGUGUUGGAUCUUAGCAAAAAGGUCAUUGAUUUAUAUGACUCGAUCUCUGACAAGAAGUAUGGUAGAAGAUCAAUGGCUCUUGCUAAAACAUACGGGCGAUUACUUCCAGACUUAUUGAAGGCAUUAUGUUUGAAGGAUGAACAUCCAAGCUAUGCCGAUGAGGUGAAAGUUUUUAGUGUUGUCCGAAAAGAAGAUGUGCCAAAACAGCCGGGCGCGGUUGAAUGUGGUGUAUAUAUGUUGAAAUUCAUCUCGCUGAUAAUGGAGGAUGGCUCGAUCGAUAAUUUCAAAGCAGAUGAGAUAAAUGAAUGGAGGAUCGAGUUAGCGGCCAAUCUUUGGCAACAUUGUAUGUGGAAGAAGGAGACUGGUUAUGCAACCCCAGAGGAGAAUGGGUAUGAUGACUAUGGAGACAAUGAAGUUAAUAUGUGCCCAUUUGAUUUAUAGUACUAUUUGUUCAUUUUUUUUUUUUAAUUUUAGAGAAAUAUGAAAUUUUAUGUGAAUGGGAGUAUUUUGUCUUAAAUUUUAAGUGAUAAAUUUUCUGAAUCAAGCUAUUCAA